GACCGCUGGCCUCAAAGCAUAUUCUUGGUGGAAUAAAUAAUCAAAGUAAUCCAGGUAGUGAAGCAGUGCUUGAUGUUGAACAAAUGAGUGGUAUUAAUCCAUUGGCUGAGAACUGGUUUAUUAAUUAG